ACGUAGCUUAGUUUCUUCACGGGUUAAAAAAUAUAGACAUAUACAGCUAACUGUUUGUGAAAAUGCCUGAGAGAGAUGUUUCCGAUGAUACUGUUCUGAAAGAACCUCGAUCAGUGGUUAGGAAGUUCUUGGCUAGGCCUCAACGUGAAGGGGUUGGAGCUGUUGUUAGAAGAAGCAUAGGGAGAUUUGAACUGAGAUACUUUGAUCCUUUCCUUGUUUUGGAUGAAUUCUCAGUCACUGCUCCUGCUGGAUUUCCUGAUCACCCACAUAGAGGGUUUGAGACAGUCACCUACAUGUUGCAGGGAGCUGUCACACAUGAAGACUUUGAGGGCCACAAAGGGACCAUAGGAGCUGGUGACUUACAAUGGAUGACUGCAGGAAGAGGGAUUGUUCACUCAGAAAUGCCUGCCGCACAGGGAACCCAAAAGGGUUUACAAUUGUGGAUCAACCUUUCUUCUAAAUAUAAAAUGAUCGACCCACGGUAUCAAGAGGUAUCAAGCAAAGACAUAGUAGAAGCUACAAAAGGUGGUGUCAAAGUUAGAGUCAUAGCAGGGGAGGCUUUGGGCACUAAAUCAACAAUUUACACAAGGACUCCAACAAUGUACUUGGAUUUCACUCUAAAACCAGGAGCUCACCUUCAACAACCAAUACCAUCAACCUACAAUGCAUUUGUGUAUGUAUUGGAAGGUGAAGGUGUAUUCGGAAAUUCAAAGCCGUCGCCAACUUCAGCGCACCAUCUUCUUCUGCUAGGGCUUGGAGAUGGCUUGGAGGUAUGGAACAAGUCCUCUAAGCCUCUAAGGUUCAUUUUGGUUGGUGGGGAACCAUUGGGGGAGCCUCUAGCACAACUUGGGCCAUUUGUGAUGAACACUCAAGAGGAGAUUGACCAAACCAUUGAUGAUUUUGAUAAAUGCAUUAAUGGGUUUGAGAAAGCUAGGCAUUGGAGAUCCCAAUCUGCACUUCACCUUGAUUUUUAGUUCUCAGUCACUUUCUGCUUCAUUGAAGAGUAUUGUUUUCAUUAUGUAAAAGCUAGGGGAUAUAUAAUGUUGUUUAUUUCUUAAAUGUACAUCUUAUUUCAUAAUUUGUAUUAAUGUAAGGUUGCCAAACCAUAUUAUCCCAAUAAAACAAAUACCUAAAUCCAAAAUC